CUAUUGAUCCUGAGUCUGGAAAGGACCUUGAUGACGCACUGUCCAUUGAAGCCAACGACGAUAUCACUUAUGACGUGGGCGUGCGGCACGUCGCUUACGUCGCUUACUUCGUCAAGCCUAACGCUGCUCUUGACCGCGAUGCUCGCAAGAUGGCAACCAGCGCGCCGUCCCCAUGCUUCCUCCCACCAUUAGCGAAGAGGCGCGCAGUCUUAACCCGGGUGUUGAACGUCUGACAUCCUCGGCCGUCUUCGCCAUGACCAAGGAGGGCAAAAUCGUCAACAAGUGGUUGGGCAAGACCGUUAUCAAAUCUUGCGUGAAACUGUCAUAUACCGACGCUCAGAAAGCUAUCGACGGUCACAUUCUGGGCGAUCUCGUGGUCGCUCCGGAACGCAGUACAUUAGCGAUCAUCCAUGACCUCAAGGUCCUGAAUGGUCUCGCAAAGCAGCUUCGUGCUGCACGCACUUCAGUGUUAAACGUGCCAACUACCGCUUCCGCAAACGAAAUACGGGAACGCUACAGAGCAUUGUCUGUAAUUUUUCGCCCCGAUAAGCAAAGCGGGGAACGGACAAGGGACACUGCAGCUGUGGAAUUCCUUGAAAUUCAGAAGGCUUACGAAGUUUCGUCAGACCCUCUUAUUCGUCUUGACAGAUACGUGCGCAUCUUCGACGUUGGAGGAUCGAUCGUAAUCAAGAAAGGCACUGUGACGUGUGGAAUUGACGCAUCGACGUUGUUCGCACGCGAUGAUGACCUAGAUUAUGAUUCGAGAGGCAUCCUCACCCGCUUGCGUGGAGUCUGUGUCUCUCAAUUUGCCAUUCGUCACUCUAAAGUGUUGAAUGACAAGAUUAAUCUCAAAUUCACAAGUCGCCUGGGACCAGGCCCUCGAAAUGACUUGCUGAGUAGAAAUAACCUCAUGGGCGCGAUACGCCAUCAAUUUUCUCCUCGGCUCGCUUUGGAGCUCGUUGUCGCAAAAGCGAGCUACGAAGAUAAUGACAAUACCCUAAAUUGCCGUGUGCAUUUCAUUCCUGCAUUCUGGAACCUUCUCCCUCCGGCUAGUACCGUUUCCUUCAGUCGUCGACUCUUCCGACACGCUUCAACGGAUAGCGCCACGAAAGCGGCCGAUCAGCGAGUGGACGGCGAGCAAACCGAGAACGCCGACGCAAACAACAUCAUUGAAGACCUCAUGCUGCUAACUAAUAUCACCGUCGCGCAACGUAUGGCCCUGCUUCGUAGACAUGAUACGCCGCUCGAGGGACGUCUUGCGAGUCAUCAUCAUCCUAUUCCAGUUACAACUUCAUACCGAACGCGCCAAUCGACUCAAUAUCGCAGUCGAUGUCUCCUCUCGUGGUGCACACAUUUUACCUCUCUUAUUCGGCACUACGCGGAUGUUCUUGCGCACCGUCAAAUCGAAUCAGUUUUUCAGGGUGGAGGCGAGUUACACUUCCGAUACGGUCCUGACAUUCGUCCAGCUAAGGUUGCUAGCGUCCUUGAUGCUGCGUUCGACGUUGUUGUCCCCGAGUUUGGUAUCGAGAAGCGGUCCAUGUUGACCAAAUGCCUAACGAUAACUACGUUUAUGAUGAGCGCUCAGAACAGCGACGACGAGCACCUGAGGAAGGUUAAGCAGAACGCUGAGGCCCACGCAGUCAAAAUGGAAGUUGCAUCUCGCUCUGCGCAUGACGAGAAGGCCAUCUUUCAUGAGGAUGAUCAGACGCCGAUGAAGAUGAGAUUGUGUUAG